AAUUUAUCUGGUCAAAAUGGCGACUGCAGUAAGUUCCGAGACAACCAGCAAAAAAGAAUCGGAAGCUGCAGAUGUUUCCCCAGAAUGGCUAGAGAAAGCAAAGAAUGGUGAGGAAGAGUUCCAGCUGAAACUUGGUGUACAUUACCUCACUCUAGCUGACUCCUCUAUAGAGAGUGAGGAGAAUGGUAAACUGGCCAUUCACUGGCUGGUCGCUGCUUCAAAACAAGGCAAUGAGAAAGCCACAGAAAAACUGAAGGAAUGCCUAGAAACAAAAACAGGUUUGACUGAUGAAAACACGGAGGAAGUGAAAUGGUGUGUUACUACAUCUUCCCUAGAGAAGAAGAUCAGGUAUGCUGCACGGAACAUGUUCCAUUCAAUCAAUACUGCCCAGAAGGAAGUUCUGUCUCCAGAUGAAUAUGCUGAAGCUAUUAAAAAACUGACCGGAGGAAAGGAACAGAAAUUACUUCUUGCUGCAGGAAAGAAGAUUGGAGAGAACAUAUCUGAAAAUGAGUUUGUGAAAAUUCUUUCCCGGAAAGUCCAAGGAACCAUGACCUUGACCUCCACAGAAAGGUCAGCAGCAUAUGAUGCAGCUAGCCCUGUUGAGAAGCUUCUAAAGUUCCCAAAAGAGACAUGUAUGAUACUUGGGGAUCAAGCCCUGGAAUUUGCCUCGAAAGAUGGACUAAACAUGGUGAUGUCUUGUGUUCCUACAGACCAGAUAUACUUCCUUACGCUGUUUUUCCUCUAUGGCUUUUUAACACCAAAAUUUCUGUUGGAAGUGGUACCAUUAGUUAUAUUUUACAUAUCCUAUGCAACAAUAAUUAUCACAACCUUACAGAUGUUUUAUAAGAAAAAGAAACUGAAGGAAGCAUCUGCCCUGGCAGAAAUGUUAAAACAGUAUGAUGUAGGUGUUGACGUCAAUCAAACUCAGUCCCAAUACUCUUGGAAUUCUCUCACGCCUUAUUUAGUGUAUUUUGCUUCAAUUCCCCUUGUUGUGGCAAGUUUCUCUCUUGCUGACAAAACUUAUAUCCCGUGUUCUGAACUGUGUGUUCUUAAUUCGGUGAUUUGUGGCAUCUGCUUCCUGGCUAUAAGUGAUAGUCACGACCUUGUGACCUUGCUAGCGCUGUUUUGUGGUUUUCUUGCGGGACUUCCGGUAUUUUUGCACAAUUUUCCAGAAAUCCCUGUUAUCACGCCAGUGAUUCAUUUUGUGUCCGGUUCCUUUCUCACUGUGGAUUUAUUUGGUGGACUGAAACUCAAUAUUGGUAUACCGUCUAUAUGCUACUCAAUUAUUCCCGUGUUUUUCAUACAGAUGGCUGUGAGAAACUCAUUUCAAGGCAUGUAUCGUGUUUUUGUGCCACAUUUGGUCUGCUACUUCUGGUUUAACCUGGUCACAUCAAUGUACCCCUUCACAACGUGGAUUGGACUUGGACGGGCCACAGUAGGUUACGUCAUGCUUCCCCUCCUUAUUCCACUCAGUGUCUUCAUAUUCUUCAUUGGUAUGAUCUACUUGUUUGUCAGACUUGCUGCGUCAGACAUGUUUGGUAAAGUUGUGAUCACACUGUUACUGGGUUGUAUCCCUUUGUUGCUUACUCAGACAAAGAAACUUUUUGGCGGGAAACUUGACAAAAAAUUUGGCUUCUUGAAAAAGAUAGUCAUGGUCGUAUUUGCAGUGUUAGCAAUUGUUCCUUUAAUAUUUGUAAGGUUUCCAACAGUGUCUGAUACACCAGUAGCACCUUUAACAGUUGAUGACUUUACCAGUGUUUGUAAUGUAGAAGGACCAGAGGGCAUGGAAUUGACAAUGAAUUGCAAUCACUUAAAAGGGUCAAAGAUCACUUGGCAAGGCAAAAUUGCAGGUUCAAAGGUCACAGGGGUCAAUAAUGAGGUUGUAACAAUGCUCCAUGUAUUCCCUUCAUUUAUAGCAGAUCCUCUAAGAUGUGUCUAUGGAAAGUCAUAUGGUGACUGUUCCGCUGAAGGUAUGUCAGAACAGGAAGUUGAAUAUUGUAAACUUAUGACCUCCCUUGGUCACAAAUGUGGUUUGGAGGAACAUGACAAAUUCACAUACAGCUUUGACGUCCAGUUUGCUGAAGGACUUCUCAGUGGCACUCUUGAUGCUGGAACCGGAUUUAAACAAUUCUACCUUAAUCUUGUUGAAGGUGAUGAGGUUGAAAUUAAAGGUACCAUUGUAGAUGCUUUAUCAAGGCCCCUUAAGUUAAAAUUGAAAGAAAUCAAGUGCUUGAAUAGGGAACUUGAGCUAGAAAAUGUUGUAGAGGAAGAGGUGGAGGAUCUGUAUUACCAAUUGUUUGAACAGUCUUUACAGGUAGCCUUCAAUUUCUUCUGGUACCCUCUCGCUGAAUAUGUGCCUCCAAGUCACACUGGUGAAACUGUUCUUGACUAGUAUGCAAUAGUUGUACAUUCUAUGAUUUGGUUUCCAUUUUGGCAGCGAUUAAUAUGAACAACACUUCGAUUUGACUGAUAUUAAGUAUUUAUAUUAGUUGUUAAUGCCUUUGUUUACUUUUACUUACUUUAUAGAAAACAUAUCCUUGCCCUUCUAACAAAUUGUAUCUUCUAAUAUGUAAAGAAAAUCAUAGGUUGUAUAUGAAAUAAUAUGAGAGAAAUUAUAUUAGAAAAUGGAACAAAUAAUUUUUAUCUUGUAUAGCAGUUUGAUAAGAAAGAUUAUUUCAGUAUUUUUAUGCCAGACUUUAUUUUACCAGAUGCAAUAUUACCAACAUUUUUCAGGAAACAUUACUUUUUGCUAGACCUGAUUUUAUAGUUGAAUUAUGGAUACUUACAAUUUUCCAUUAAUUUGCUUACACAUUUAUCCAUAAUCACACAUAUACACUUUCAUUUAUGGCAUGUUUGAGGCCGUUGGAAUGAAACAAAGCCAUUACAUAAUUUUGGUAUUACACUAGUAUAAUACAGCUUUGAUGUUAAUGUUGUUUUAAGUAUAGCAGCCUUUUGGUUGAACUGAAAUGGUCUGUUAAAAAAGAAGAAGUUUUGAUGUUUUAGUACAAAAAGCUAACAUGUGAUAAUAGAGGAUUAAAUUUAUGUCUUUCUACAUUGAAUUCAGUAUGAAAAGACACUCUUGUAAUAUCCUCUUUUUAUAUUAUUCUCUUAACUAUCAUCGUGUUUUUUUUUUAAAAGAAUGAUAUAUAGCAGAAGCCUGUUUUGAUUAUGCAUGAUGAAAUAGUUAUACUUGCUGUGAAACAAGUGGGGACAUAGCCAAAGUGAAUUAUUCCACAUAGUGUUUAACCAGUUGAAAUUAUUACAUGAUUUUGUUAAUAAAUUGUCAGUCUAUAGUUUGUGCUGUUGACCAGUCUAUCGUUCAACAGGUAUGCUGGGCCAAAGUAAAUACAUGUGGAAUAAACCUUUGAAAUUAAUUUCUGAUGUCAUAUGAUAAAACACUUACUGAAUGGCAUGCCAUGUCUUCAGACUUCAGGUAAAUAGUUUUGACCGUUGACCUGUGAGCCAUUCAAUAAUUACAUCAAAAACUUUUUUCUGCAGUGUAUUAUUUCAGUUUUGAUAUGUCUUUAAUGUUACACAAACCAUUAAACAGAAUUUCACUAUUUCUUUGUUGCUUACAAGUAGAUUAAGUUCAACAAUAAAGCUAACAUAGUUUGUUAUAUUAGAAUUGAAAUUGAUUAGAUACUCUGAUAUAUUAUAGCGUGGGAUUUUAUGAGUAUGCUUGUAUUUUUUGUUUACAACAUGAAAUUUCUUACAAUUAAUGGGAAUGAGAUUGGGUUUUUGUACUCUUAUAAUAUAUAUUUUGCAUACAAUAGUUUUAGAGUUUAUUAUGGUGAGAUUAGAUCUGAAAUAUAUUUCCUAUAUAAAGUAGCAAGUAGUUUUUAUUUAGUAGACAGCUUGUAUGAUAUAAUAUGUAUUAUGUAUAUUAAAGGUGAUUGAAAGGUUUGUUCCCAAUUCAUUGUAUGCAAUAGAUGAAGAAGUAAAAACAAUUUGUGUAUGAAAUAGUACAUGCAUAUAGAACUUUUAAAAUAACCUAAUUUUGGUUAGCAAAACAACAAAAUCAGACAGAUAAGAGAGUCCACUUGGGAAUCAGCAUAAAGUAAACAGUUGGAGCACUGUUCUUUCUUUAUACCUGUUCAUUAUCAGUUAUUAUAAUCACCUGUAAAGUAGAUGGAAUAAUACCAGUGUGUACUUAAUAAGGAGUCUAUGAAAUAUAAGUAUAGAAUAAAAGUAUGUGACAUUGUCCUGUACAGUAUGUGACAUUGUCCUGUUCAGUAUGUGACAUUGUCCUGUACAGUAUAUGACAUUCUGCCUGUACAGUAUAUGACAUUCUGCCUGUACAGUAUGUGACAUUGACCUGUACAGUAUGUGACAUUGUCCUGUACAGUAUUGGAUAUUUGCACUUGUACUCAUUUGAGGAAGAUAUUGAUCCAGGCCCGAGGUAUCACUGUAUUGUACAGGACAAUGUUUAAUAACCUAAUACUGUUGGUCCGCCUUGAAUAUAUAGUGUAUGGGAUUGUUUAAUCAUUGCAUCUAAUAUACCGUAUAUAUUUUGUGAUAUUGUCUAAUAUUAUAAUUAAGAGUUACGUUUUAGAUGUGAUGUUACAAUAUUAUAGGAAAAGAUAAGAUAUAUAGUUAUUGUUGGUGUUGUUGAAAGAAUAUUUAUAAGUUUACAUUUUUAUACCCCUUCCCUUCACCUUUGGAGAGAAAGGGUAUUUUUUGCUCAUGUUGGUCAGUAGGUUUGUGUUUCUGCUAUAGUUAUUUUGUCUGUCUUUUAGACUGUUUGUCAGUUGGUGUACAAUUUGGUUCCAGAUAAAUGACUAGGGAGUGCUUGGGCCUACAUUUUAGCUUAAAACUGCUAUUCUUGUUACUUUUCGGGGGUAUUUGAACAGGAGAGAAAACAUUUGUCAACAGAGAGAUUCUGGCGUUCACAUGCUCUUAAAACACCUUUUUAUAUAUGCAUGUUCCUUGGCAAAGUGUAAACUUCAUUCGGCCCCAAAAUGGAUAAUUCAAAAGGAAAUGAAGUCAAAAAUAAAAAUCAACCAAGAUAUCCACGCGCAUUUCAUGGAAAUUUAAUGACAAUGAAUUUAAUUUCAUUUUGUGUUAUAACAUCUUCGUACUAGGCUCGAGCAUAAACCAAUCCCUUAGGAUUCUGUAGAUUUUAUAACACAAAAAAAACAUGCAUUAUCCCUACAAUAGUAAAACUUUAUAGGAUGAUUGCCUGUGAUCAGUAAAUAGCACCAAUUAUUUUAAUGGUCGGAAAGUCAGAGAUCAAGGUCACAGUAUCCAUGCAACUAAAAUGGUUUCCAAUUAAUAACCGAGUAGCUAGAAAACUAUUGGGCCUAAACUGUGUCCAUAUAAACUUCAUAGAAAAAUUGUCUAUUAUCAAUGAGGAGGCAUAUUUAUAUAUGUUUUACAAACAGCUCUAAAACUUGUCUCUUUUUUCCAUUCACAAUGUUAAUUAAUGUUUAUUUAAACCUGUUAAUACUCUAGAAGGGUAAAGCCCAAGUCACACUGUUUAUAUUAUCAAAAGAUUUUGUUAAAGAAGUAUUUUAUAUUGUUGAUGGGGAGCAUCAAAUAUAUAUGGUAAAGUUUUAAUUUAUGUUAAUAUAACACAUACGUUGAAUGUUUUAUUGACCAUAUUAAAGCACCGUCCUAUUUUCCUUCAAAUACUGUGUGGAUUGUGGGGUCGUUGGCAAUUACUUGUGGAGAACUUGUACGUACUGGUACAGAAACUCAGAAAACCUGUUACCUUAAAUAUCCACUGUGACAUAACUUAAAUCCACUGUGACAUAACUUAAAUAUCCACUGUGACAUAACUUAAAUCCACUGUGACAUAACUUAAAUAUCCACUGUGACAUAACUUAAAUACCCCCACAUAACUUAAAUAACCCCACGUACUCCCCCCAAACAGAAAUUCAAGUACUGUAGCUUACACCAUGACAUCGGACAAGACAGGUGUUUUUAUGGAUAUCAUUUUUCAUUACUAUGCAAGACACAGUAUAUUUACAAGUUGUUUUUAGCCUGCUUUGUGCCAAUAUACACACAGAUUUUUACUCAAGCAUUUGCUUCAAGUUUUAAUGAAAACCAAGGUGCUUAAAUUGCUUAUGAUUAUCUGACAAGAGCAUAAUAUAUUAAGUCCAUUUAUAGGACAGAAUGGCAUAUCACAAGAUAUAUAUCAUUUUACUGCUGAAAAAACAUCUUAACUGUACCAAUUACUGAUAAAAAUAUACUGAAAGACGUGUGUUUACCAUUAACAGUUACAAAUGUAUGUAUAUUGAAAAAUAAUUAGUAUACAACUGCUCAUUUUGUUUUCAGUACAGUAUUCAAAAGUUUUGAAAAUUUAAUGUCCUCCGAGGUCAUCUAAGGAAUUCUAACAUCAUUAAAGGUUGUUAAUCAGAUUUUAGAGAGUAAUGGAUUUGUUCGAAAUUGAUCAUUUACUGGGUAACAAUCAUUUGUGUUCAUGAAGAGCUUAACACAAGUGAGAUUUCACUGAUUUGUUUUUUCCUAUCCCGGUUGCCGAAUCAAGACAGAGCUAUUUAACUUGAGUAUUAAUUUAUAAAACAUAGGUUUCCUAAGGAAUUAUUUGAAUAUAAGAAGUACUGUAUUAUGUUUGCCAAAGAUUUACACGUACAAUUAUAAAUUUAGCUGGUAAGUUUGUAAAAAAAAAUGAUAAUUACCUCCCUUUGCCUUUCUUGGUUGCCUUGUUUUUGUUGAAAUAUCUCAGUAUUUAUCAAAUGUAAACGUAAAACUAGAAAUUAUGUUGAAAUCAAAAGAAAUGUCUGCUUUGUAAGUAAUUUCAUUAUAAAGCAUGGUGAAGCUGGGAGCUAGAGUGGUAGGGUUUGGGAUUUCGAGUCAGGUGCAAAUUGCAAAAUAUAGAAAAUAAUAAAACUUGAAUUUUUGAUAGAGAUCCAGGUCUAUGUGAUGAGUGUAUUUCUGUUCAUUAAACAGAUUUUAAUAAGAAUGUACAAAAAAUGAAAAAUGCAAUAAGUCUUUGAUAUUGCUUAAAUGUGGCUGGCCACCUUUAAAGUAAAUGCAGUUAAAAGAGGUUAGUGUUACAAAUAUGACAAAUUCUUUAUAUUCUUACAAUAAUUAUAUAAUCACACUGACUAUAACUUUACAAUUACGAAAAAGAUCUAUGUGUGUAACGAGAAUUUCUAUUUCCCCAGAGAAAAUGCUAAGUGACCCAUAUGCACUAUUGCUUUUAUGCUUUAUUAUGGGUGUUUACUUGCAUUCUGUGGUAAUAGGAUUGAAAUUAGAUGUAAACUGUCUCUCGAUAUAUACUUAAUCCCAGGAAAAAUGCAAGUUUUUUGUAUGCUUUAACUUUGUUAGUUAUACUUUAUACCGGUAGUUGUUCCUUGUCACCUUCAUAAUCAUGUAGAUCAGUAACAGACCUGGUCGUUUGGACAGCUAUUGAGUCACUGUUACUAGCAAAAUUGUUACAUCUAUCUAACAACAAAUAUAUCCGUUGUAAAGAAACUUGAGUUUUUUCACAGUGUUAAGUAUACACUCAAGGACUUUAAAAACGCCACAUCAAAAUAUGUUAAUUAUUUCAUUUUUGCAACUUGUAUUUUGAUAUUCACUUAUUAUUAUUCAUUACUAAUAUUAAAUCUUAUCUUGAGUGGUUGUUUCUUUGUGAUUUUUGAAAUGUACUCUACUAAUAUUUCUCUUUCCCUGCACAACAGCUUAUGUAUGUACAUGUUUUUACAUUUUAGGGCUAUAAUGUGUUAGGUUUUGCACCUUUUUUAUCACCAACUGUUAGGGAGUACUAGGUGGACUGAGUAGCUUGGGAAACCUGAUAGUCUUUCACUUUUUAACCGCCCACGCAUGGCCAAAAUGUAUCAGUAAUUGAACGAGGCCAUUAUCGUAAAAGAAGAAGAAGAAUGUGACCUUUGUAACUGAUGCACGUGCAGCUCGUGCUGUGAUCCAUGACAUGUAAAAUUCACUGCACAUAUUUAAAAUAAUUAAAUGUUACUACAUGUUGAAGUCAAUUACAAACUCAUGAACAACAUUUAUAUCUCAAACCUUCUUAGUAAAGUAGGCGCUUCUCAAAAUCUUUAUUGAAGCACUUUGAUAUAUUUUAAAUUUUUAGCAUUAGAUAUUUAAAUUUUAACAUUGUAACAUCAUAAAUGGAUAUUCAAUAUUCCUUUCCGAAACAGACAACUUAAUCUCUAACUAAUUCUAAUAUGAGAUUCACGAGCGAUAGUCACAGAAAAUUACUACUUUGAUACCCUUAUUUGUUAUGCGUAUUUCAUCACUAUAUACAUUAAGAAAGUCUUCUUGGACCAAUUUUUCAACAUGCACAGAUUGGGCGUUUUUAAUGUCCUUGGGUAUAUUUGUUAUUAAGAUUUUGAAAUGUAUUGUUAAAAAAAGACAGCAAUGUAUGCCUGUUAUGAGUUUAGUCAAAAUGAUAAUAUUUGCAAUAGCAAUGUAAGUAGUGCAACUAAAUGUCUGUAUGUGUUUGCAAAAUCAUGUCUAUGCAGUUUUUAGUGCUUUCUAACAUUUAUACUUUAAUAUAUUGAAUAAAUUGUAGAAAAAUAU